AUGAGGAUGUGCAUCGAUUACCGGGAGAUCAAUAAGGUGAUCAUGAAGAACAGAUAUCCGUUGCCUUGGAUUGACGACUUGUUUUACCAGUUGCAAGGCACUCAGUUUGACAAAUGCACCUGCAACAUUCAUGGACUUGAUGAACAGGGUGUUCCACGAGUUGCAUUUCUAGGGCACGUGGUGUCCAAGGAGGGGAUUUCAGUUGACCCAGGUAAAGUUGAAGUGGUUGUUGACUGGACAAGACCAAGGAACAUGCAAAAGGUUCAUAGUUUCUUGGGUCUGGCUGGGUAUUAUCGCCGGUUCGUUGAGGGCUUUUCUAAGCUGUCGGGCCCUUUGACGCAGCUUACCAGGAAAGGUAGCAGGUUUGCGUGA